AUGCCGCGGGAUAUUUUGAGUGAUAGCUUGGCGGUCCUGCGGAUAAUUGAGCAUGAAGAUGAGGAAAAUUGGCCUUUGGAGGAUAAGACUUCAUGCAAAGAAAGGAGCAAGAAAGUUGUUGGUGUCCCCACAAACAGUCAACAAAUAUUUACCAAAGAUGAUUGUGCUUGCUACUUUAACUAUGGGCAUGGAGAUGGUACUAGCAACCGCCAACAGGACCCAAUCUACCAGUACAAGACAAGUAGUCUGCCAGCCGCUUCAUCCAUCAAUCAAUCUUGGGACGAGAUAGUGUGCUCUGCACUCCGAGUGUCGCCGGAGGAUAUAGCUAAUCAACUGUCAUUACUGGACUUGCCAUGCUUUAAGGCAAUCCAGCCGGAGGAGCUUACCACUUGUGGUUGGAAUAAGACGAAUAAAUUAACAGUUGCUCCCAACGUGGUGGCGUUUACUAAACGGUUUAAUAGGGUGAGCUUCUGGACAGUACAAGAGAUACUGAACGGCCAGUCGCCCAAAGCCAGAGCGGAAACCCUGGCUCACUUCAUAAAGGUGGCCAAGAAAUUGCAUGAGCUCAACAACUUACACUCGCUCUUCGCUAUUAUUUCUGCGCUGCAAAGCGCUAGUAUAUACAGAUUGACGAAAACUUGGGCGUGCCUGUCGAAGAAGGAUAAACAGCAGUUCGAUAAGAUGGCGGAGCUCUUCGGCGAAAAGGACAACUGGAUGGCGCUGCGCGAGUAUCUUAGAAGCAUCUCUUUGCCCUGCAUCCCUUACUUAGGCAUCUUCCUGACGGACCUGGUGUACAUCGAGCUGGCGCACCCGGCCGGCUCCCCGCAGCGCGCCAACAAGAUGGCGGCGGUGCUGCGCGCGCUGCAGCGCUACCAGAGCUCGCACUACAACAUGCCGCCGGUGCCGCAAGUCGCGCACUACCUCAACAGCGUGCGCUACAUCGAGGAGCUGCAGAAGUUUCUAGAGGACGACCACUACAAGCUAUCGUUGAAACUGGAGCCGCCGUCUCCAGUGGGCAGUUGCGCUGGCUCGAAAGAAUCGGUGAAGGAAGUAGUUCCGCAGGCUACUGCCACUCCCUUCAUGUUGUCCCCAUCGCACCGGCUGGGCUCUGGCUCCUUGAGGCUGCAGGGCUCCUACCAGGCCAAGUUCAUACCGACACAUAGAAAGUGCCGGUCGCUGGGAUCCAACAUUUUCGGCAAGGGGCAGUGCGAGGAGACACCAGUUGGCUCAGUCAACUUGUUAGAUGACACACUGUUGGAGUCACCUGGCUCUACUGCACCUCACCACAUCCCGCCCAGUGAGCUUACAAAGGUGGUGCCUGUAGAAUGUGAUUUCCAAAGCUACGUGAGAAGAAAAACCAUUUUAAAGGAUGGUAGGAAGAUAUCUUUGUCAUCAUGGCAGCGUUUCUGGUUGGAGCUGACGGGAACUGCGCUUGUGUUUUACGCUUCCAAAUCAUUUAAAGGGAGCAGUCGCGGCGACUUCCGCACGGAGCGAUGCAAGGUGGUGUCGCUGGUGGGCUGGUCGGCGACGAGCGCGCGUGGAGACGCUCCCGACUGCUUCCAGCUGCUGCACCAGCGCGCCGCCACGCUCUACAAGUUCAAGACUGGAUCUGAAACGAUAGCAAAGCAAUGGGUGGUAAAGAUAGAGGAGGUGACCAGCAAGAUGGUGAAGCCGCUACCCGCUAACUUAAUGUCUUUCGAAUAG